UCGACACAUUGUCGUCGGAGAUUCGAUCGGAGACGAGCGAGACGGCGAAUGUGGAGGCGAAUAAGUAACUUACGGGGAAACCCAGAUUCUGAUGAUCAGAGCAUAUCUGAGGAAGAGGAAGAGGAAGAUGUUGCCUUGGGAGAAAUGUUGUUCCCAAGUGGGAAGAAGACCAAGGAAGAGGGAAGAGGAUUGCUACUUCAAACAAAGCUAGAGAAACUCAUUGGUGGUUGUGGUGGUGAACUAAAUCAUGCUGAAGAAACCGGCUAUGUAUCUCUGGAAGCAACCCCAAGGAAGAUAUCUUCCUCUCUUGAACAAGUUCCUGAGUCCCCUGAGGAGAGUUAUCUUGCUUCUUCAACCAGAGACGGAUUCAUAUGCAUAUCCGCUGCUCAGGAAUGUGAUGAGAUGAUACAUGAUGAACCAGUAGCAACUUGGGCCACUAUAAGUAAAGAAGCCAAAUCACUACUCCAUUUGAAUGGCAUUGCUUCACUCUCAUCUUCCCUCAGAGCCAAGAGACGCAGUAAAGUUGUCAAAGAAAAUAAUGUCAGGCCCAAAUUUUCGUUUCACUCACAUGCUCAUGGAGAAACGUCUUCCAAGAUAAGUGACAUGGUUGGAUACUUUGAGCCUGUGGAUGAUCAGGCCGCCAUAGAGGAGGAUCCAAUAGCUGAAUGCCCCAAUAGUUUUGAUGAAAUAUCAGAUAACACUCAGGAUGCGAUAUCCAAUCUUGUAGUCCCACCUCCAGAAAAGAUUAGAGUGACGACUAAAAGAAGCUCAAAAUCCUACAGCAGGCGCGAAGUAAAAUGUUCCAAAUUUGCUCAUAAGGGAAGUUCAAGGAACAUCCAAGAUAGUGAUACUGAUGAUGAACUUCCUGGACCCAUGGAUAGUAUUGGAUCAUCAACCGAUGAUGAGCCUAGUUAUCAAACCUCGGUGCCAGACAUUUCCAACCAGAAGAAACAAUUUGUUGGAGACCUGUUUAAUGAAGCAGUAAGAGCUUCCUCUUUGAACAAGGAAGGUCUUUCAUUCGAUUCACCGAAACUAUCUGCUGGAUCUAGCCUGCAUGGGAAGCUACAGCAGAUGAUGAAACAAGAAAAGGAGAAGGAAGUAGAAAUCACGAAGAAAUUGCAGGGCGGAAACGGAGAAGCAGAUGUGUCGAGCUAUGUCGAUAUAAAAAUAGUGUCAAGACACUUGGAAGGAAAGCUCGUUGUCUGCAAAUGCUCUGUCAUCGACCUUCCUGGGGACUCCCUCUUGUUAAAGAAUACACAAGCUCUCGCGGCCAAAGAAACAGAAACAACAGUCAUCUUUAAUCCUAAAGUGUGUGGGGAUGUUGAUAUUGAAAUCGGGUGCUUUGUCCGUAUACAUGCGCCAUGGAAAGAAAUUGAGGUGAAGAACACCAAGGAGAUGAUUAUUUUUUGUUCAUAUUUCUCAAGUGCGUAAUGUAACUCGCAGCACAAAUGUCACAAGUAUAAUGUCACCCAACUCUGUACUUACGAUAUCAGUAAAAACAAAAUGCUUGUGAAAGUGUGUUCUUCAUCUCUUUUUUUUCUAGUGGAGGCUGUUAAAGGUUGUUAGCCAAAGUGCUUGAAACCUACAAAGCUAGGCUUGGUGAGUCAAAGUACUUGGCUUGUGAUGACUUCACGUUGGUCGCCAUAUCCCUGUGAUUAAAUACUCCAACAAAGAAGGUAUUGAAUGAACAUAUCGGUGCUUGGGUUGCUGGCAUCACUUCUAGGCUUUCUUCUCAGAACAUCCUCCUUUGAGUGAAGAAAGUCUGAAUAAACGUGGCCAUAUGUUAUUAUUGGCCAAUUCUUCUCUGUGUGCUCUGUUUUUCAUUUUUUCUUAAAGAGAUUUAUCUGAAUCUAAUAGAGACCCUA